GCUCAAGCACAUUAGAGUGCACAGUUCGGACAGAUGCCACGAUUUGUUGUCGGGAGUGAUGUAUGUAUCAGGGCCACAGGUUGUGUUGGUAAGGUCGUGUUAGAGAACGGACACGCUUGCAAGGUGUGUGGGCGAUGGUUUUUAGUGGACGAACUCGAAGUUAUGUCGCCAGGCACUGCAGACAAUCGAUACACCUCGCUGUCCUUUGCUGAUGCCCGCCCUGGCAAAACAGUUGUUUGUAGGUCUUGGCUUCUCGAGCAAAGCAGGGGGCACCCAAAAGACCAUUACGAACUCCUCCAAGAACUGGGUCGUGGCGCCUUCGGCGUUGUGCAUUUGGUGCGGCCUCUCAAUGGUGCUGCCAAUUUGGUCUGCAAAGUUGUAGACAAACGGCAUGCCUGUGGGGAUGGGAUGACAGACGACGCCAUCAAAAGUUUCCAGGACGAGAUCCAGUUGCUCCGAGAUCUAGAUCACCCGAACGUCAAUCGUCUCGUUGAACACUACGAGGAUUAUAAGAAUUUGUACAUGAUCCUCGGAUACGCCUCUGGGGGCGAUCUUGUGGAAUUGAUCUGUUGGGCAGACUUCGAUGUUUCCGAAUCUUUCUUAGCUAACGUGUUUCGGCAGGUGCUGGAGGCGACAGCGUAUUGCCAUGGCAAGCAUAUUAUCCAUAAGGACUUGAAGCCCGACAAUAUUAUGUUCUUGACGAAGGAUUACGAACAUCCACACGUUGUCGUAAUCGAUUUUGGAGCUGCUGAGCUGUACAAUAAGCGCACUAACAGAUUUGCCGGCACUCCUGGUUACAUCGCUCCAGAAGUGUGGCAAGCUGUGGUGAGUUCAGGGCAAUUUGGGCCAAAAUGCGAUAUUUACAGCAUUGGCGCAAUGUUGUUUUAUUGCCUGUCUGAGGCAGAGCUUCCAUGGUUCCAGGCUGAUACGAGUGGUGACCUGCAGAAGCAUGCAAAGCGUUCUUUAUUUCUAUGAAGGGCUUCGCCCUCUGCCGCUGGUCCCGCCUCAGAUUGACUGCAUGGCCACGCUUCGUUGGCAGGUUGGUUUUUUUUCUUC